GAGCAGAGUCUAACGCUGGGGAUGAUCUAAACAGUUUAGCACAUUUUCCAUACAUUCGACCUCAGAGAGGGUUGUGUUCAGUCCGCUCCCAACAGAGUCUGAGUCCAAAGGAAAGUUUGAGGUUUUACAUUUCUGUUUGUGGUACAGGAAAAGGCUUAUGAUCUGAGGGCUUGAUUCAGUGAAAUAACAUCGCUUUCAUGCGCAUUUGCUUCGCAAGAGGGGCAGGGGUUGGAAGUAACCGUUGUGAGACUUUAAAGAUUUGCUGGCAGAGGGAAAGGGAUUUUUUUCCUUCCUCCCUGCUGGGGGAAAAACAGUUCUAACGAGGAGCUAGCUACUUCGUAGUUUUAACUUAUACUCAAAUAUUCCCCGCCCAGAAGCUGCCAGUGAUCCCCGGGACUUCUUUAUCCGGCUGGGGCUCCGAGGGGCUUUUCGUGGCUCAGCCCCAUCCUCAAAGCCUCACGGCAUGAGUUUGCAGAAGAGAAUCUUUCCUCGGAGGGAGAAUGGGACCCACGAGGUGGUGGCCAAGCCCAGUCCGGUCACCACCCGCCACUCAAGGGCCACAGAUCAGGAGAAGAAGAAGGGCAGCCUUACUUCCUCUCUGAGGAUGGACCCGCACAGCCGUUCUGGAAAGAGCAGAAAAUCUACAAAACUCCGGUCCAUCUCCCGGUCCCUGAUGCUCUGUAAUGCAAAGACCAGUGAUGACAGCUCAAGCCCCGAUGAGAAAUACCCCGAUCCCUUUGAGGUUUCCCUGGGCCAGGGCAAGGAGGGGAUUUUCCACUCGUCUGUGCAGUUGGCGGAUACGUCGGAGGCUGGGCCCAGCAGCAUUCCUGAUCUAGCGUUGGCCUCUGAGGCGGCUCACCUCCAAGCAACUGCAAGUGAUCGAGGCAAGAGCUGUAGGAGGCUAUUCUUCAUGAAGGAAGCUUCCACAACUUCUUCCCGAGAAAAGUCUGGAAAAGUAGAAGUGCAAAGUAGUACUUUCCUGCUUCCCAAAGCCUGUCAUCAAAGGACACGCAGCAAUUCAACCAGUGUUAAUCCCUGCUGCACCGGAGACACCGAUUUCCCGAUGAUCAAGAAAUCCGCAGCUUGCACAGACCGGCAGCCCUACUCCCUCUGCAGCAGCCGGAAGUCUCUCUCUCAACAGCUCGACUGUCCAGCGGGAAGGGCUGCCGGCACCUCAAGACCCGCACAGUCCCUCAGCGCAGCUCAGCUCACGCAGCCCUCGGGAGGCCUCCAGGCUUCCGUCAUUUCCAACGUCGUGCUGAUGAAGGGCCAGGCCAAGGGCCUGGGCUUCAGCAUCGUUGGGGGAAAGGACAGCAUUUAUGGCCCCAUCGGAAUUUACGUCAAAACUAUCUUUGCGGGGGGAGCAGCGGCAGCCGACGGAAGGCUGCAGGAAGGGGAUGAAAUUCUGGAACUCAACGGUGAAUCGAUGGCUGGACUCACACAUCAGGAUGCUUUGCAGAAGUUCAAGCAAGCCAAAAAAGGGCUCCUGACCCUCACGGUGAGAACCCGCCUGACGGCGCCCCACUCCCUGAGCAGCCACCUGUCUGCCCCGCUGAGCCGCUCCCUGAGCUCCAGCACCUGCAUGACCAAAGACUGCAGCUCCUUCGGCCCGGGAAGCCCCGCGCCCCCCUCCGGCGCGGCCAAGCCCAACUACAGGGUCAUGGUGGAGGUCUCCCUGCAGAAAGAGGCUGGCGUGGGUCUGGGGAUCGGCCUGUGCAGCGUGCCCGACUUCCAGUGCAUCUCCGGCAUCUUCGUCCACACGCUGUCUCCCGGAUCUGUGGCACAUUUGGAUGGUCGGCUCCGGUUCGGUGACGAGAUCGUGGAAAUCAAUGAUUCCCCCGUGCGCUGCAUGACACUCAACGAAGUCUACGCGAUCCUGAGUCACUGCAGUCCCGGGCCGGUCCCCAUCAUGGUCAGUCGUCAUCCAGAUCCACAGGUGUCUGAACUGCAACUCAAAGAAGCUGUGGCUCAGGCUGUGGAGAACAUCAAGUUUGGAAAGGAGAAGCAUCAGUGGAGUCUGGAAGGGAAGGGAGACGGUGUCAAAAGGUUGGAGAGUAGCUGGCAUGGGCGGCCGACCUUGGAGAAGGAGAGAGAGAAGAACUCAGCACCCCCGCAUCGCAGGGCUCAGAAGGUCAUGAUCCGCUCCAGCAGCGACAGCAGCUACAUGUCCGCGUCCCCCGGGGGGAGUCCCGGUAGCGGCUGCAGGCAGCAGUCUUCUGACCUGGAAGUCCCCACCCACAGCCCCAGCCUGUCCCUGGGGCAGGAGCAGGGGACGCUUCCCACGGCUCCUUCCGGGCUGCCCCAGGAGAGCCCACCCCUCCCUGGGACGCAGGACAGCCACCCGCCCCUGAAGCUGAAGAAAUCCUUCGAGAUUUUGGUGAGAAAGCCCACAGCCUCCAAGCCCAAGCCUCCGCCCAGAAAAUACUUUAAAAGUGACAGUGACCCUCAGAAGAGUCUGGAAGAGAGAGAGGACCCCCUAUGCCCUUCUGGGCACACCUCACCCACGUGGGGCCAGGAAGCCGGAGAGCAGCUGCCACCAUCACCGCUGCUGCAGGAAGACUCAGCAGGGAGAGCCCCCCGCGCCCUUACCUGCUCCCCGGGGCCUGCGGUGGGCCCGCCGACGCCACCCUGCUCGGAGGCCGAGCCCGGGAGGAGAGGAGGCAGCCCAGGUAGGCUUUCAGCUCGGGCUUCCCGAAGGCAGGAAGGAAGGACCUUCUGGGUCAAGGUCCAGGAACGAGGGAUUCAAACAUCCCCAGCCAAACACCCCCUCCUUAAGAGGCAGGCUCGGAUGGACUGUAGCCUUGAUAUCACCACCGAAGACCCCUGGGUUAGAAUUUCUGACUGCAUCAAAAACCUGUUUAGCCCCAUCAUGAGCGAGAACCACGGCCACCUGCCUCUGCCACCCAGCGUCAGUCUGGGUGAAGAAGACGGGGUGCGGGGCCCCCCAGACGGGACGCCGCCCAAGCCGGAUGCCACGGGCGGUGCUCCCAAAGCUCACAAGUCGGUGGACAGUGGCACCGUGAAGAAGGGUCCCCCCGUGGCCCCCAAGCCAGCCUGGUUUCGCCAAAGCUUGAAAAGUUUGAGGACGCGUGCCCUGGAGCCGAGGCGGCCGCCUGACGCGGCCUCCCCGGCCCAGUCGAUCCCCGCGCCCCGGGAGCGCCCGGGGCCACCCACUCGGACCUUCUCCUCCUCCAUCCAACAGAGGAUCAGCUCCUUUGAGACCUUCGGCUCCUCACAGCUGCCCAACAGAGGAGCGCAGAGACUGAGCCUGCAGGCCUCCUGGGGGGAAGCAGCACAGACUCCUGGGGAACAAGCGGGAGGACAGGUCGCUGGCCUCUCGGGCCGAGGGGCCGCCCCCACCGUCCAGCCGCAACCAGCGGAGGAAGAGCACCUGCCGCGGGGCUCGCCCACCUCCUCCGAGACCGGUGAGCCGAGUGUGUCGGGGUCGCCUCUGCCAGGACAGCAGUCCAGCCAGAAAAGCCCCCUCCCUGACCCCGACCCUCUCUCGAGGCUGUUGUCCUCACGGACUGAGGAGCCCCGAGGCCCUGUUGUCAAGAUGCCGGGUCAGCGGGCGCGGAGCUUCCCCCUGUCCAGGACCCAGUCCUGGGAGACGAAGCUGCUGGAUGAGAAGACCAGCAAGCUCUACUCCAUCAGCAGCCAAGUGUCGUCGGCGGUCAUGAAGUCCCUGCUGUGCCUUCCGUCUUCCGUCUCCUGGGGCCAGACUCCCUGCAGCCCCAAGGAAGGGGGUUCUCCCCCGUCGUUGGCCGGGGAUGCCCCAGCUGUGAACAGUUCUGCGGAAGCUCCUGCCUCGGACACAGGCUUCUCACUCAAGUGAGUGUGCCCAGGAUCUCCUCCAGCUUCCUGUCUUCCUGUUCUUUCUCGUCUUUCUUUCAUAACCGUGCAUAACUUUAUUUAAAACAACGUCUCGGGUACCCUAAGGGAUUGUUCUACCUGUUCUUUCCUGGGCGUGGGCGUGUGCAUUACACCCUCCGUAUGAAGGAGGAGUUUCACAACCCCUGGUCUGGGGGUGGGGAGGCGCUGGUGGUCCCUGGUGCGUGGCCCAUGGAGGUUUGGAAAGCGAAUGCACAUCAGACGUGUCCCACUCCUGCUCAGGAAGUUCAGACUGGAGCCGGCAGAGGAUGACCCUCUCCCCUCCUCACCCCCUGAAGGAAUCCACACAUACUCUGUACGUGGCUUCCGGCCCCUGGACUGGGCGUCAGGAUGUCUGGGACCCAGUCCUAGCUCUGGCGCUGACUCCCUGGCCACGAGCGGGCUCCUCACGCUCAGUUUGCCCUUCCGCUGAGAUUAGGAGGUGCGCAGGACCUGCUCCCUGGGGUGAGGGGAGCUCCAGUUCCCCGGGGCUCCCACUGUGGGAUGAGAUCCUGCCUUGAAUUGGAACAACUCUGCAUUUACCAGCUUUACUUCUUAUUCUUAGACUGCUGAGAAAGGUUUGAGACCCAUUGACCCUGAUGUUUCAUGUUCCAGCCCCAGCAGACAGCCUGGGAGGGAACAGGAUUGAGCCUGGAACACACAUCUAGAGCAGGGUCUCAAGAGCCAGACCGACCCCAUGGGUAGCUCCCGGGAGCCGGGCAGAUGUAGAGACGCCCCAUAAAGUUGAGGUUUCCCAGGAGCUGGCUCUCUCUGGCUGAGAAGCUACUCUCCAGUUGGAACUGGGAGGCUCACCAUCAGAAUGUACUCUGCCGCGGAAUCUCUUCACCUGCUGGCAGUAAAUGUCUGCCCAUCAGAGGGAGGAAAAAUGUCUUCCCAUUGAAACCACAGUUUCCUGCAAAGAAUGAGGCGUAGCUGAAAAAAAGCUGGCUACAGGUAUCAAAACACGUUCCAGAGGAAAAGGAAGGCCAGUUGCUGGGUGCAUGGGCACUAUUUGUGGUUAUUAGGUGCUAAUAAUGGGGGGGAUACGCAGGUACUGAGGGCAGGCGUGAAGGAGCGCAGAGGUGAGUGUGUGCGAGGUGCCAUGGCCAUGAUCCGACUGCGGUGUUGGGGCCAACUGUCCAAAGCAUCCGCUGUACCCUGGGGUGAGGUGCUGACAUUUGGAAACCCUGACCGGGAGUCCGACACACCAUGAUCUGUGAUUGUGAAUCCCGGAUCUGGGCAUUUCACAGCCGUGUGAGCACAGACAAGGGUUCACCCUCCGUAAGCCUCAAUGUCCUGAUGGCUUCGGUGGAGGGAUGCUGGCAUCUACUCAGAUUUGUUACAUCGUAUUACAGAAUGCAUGUCGGUGCCCAGCCCCAUGCCUGGAACAGAGUGAUUACACAAUGAUCGUGAGCUCUUACUAAUAUUCUGAUUCGUACCGUGUGCUGUUUCUCUAUGAAAGCCUUUCAGAGCUGAGAGAGUACACAGAGGGGCUCGGGGAGCCCACGGAAGCUGACAGCUGGGACCACAGCUCCCCUCAGUCUGGCCAAUUGGUCAUCUCCCUGCUGAGCUCUGAGGAAU